AAAUUAACUUUCUACGACUAAAAUCAAAUUAGAAAUCGAAAGCAAAACAAUUCUGGAUCUCUCUGGAACCUUACGUUAAGAUUAUGAUUUUGAUCUCUGCGUUCGAAAGUGUUGCAAAGUGAUUGAGGAUGGGUGAGAGUAGAAUGGAGGAGAUGACGCUGCCAGGGUUGUUCGAGAAAGCUCGCAAGAUCCACGCCACCGUGACGGAGUCCGGUGGCGCCGACGAUGAGACGGUGAGGAAGGGUUGCGAGGCACUCGAGAAGUGCGAGGAGAUGGUUAGCAAGCUGGGAUUGUUCUCCCCAAACGAGACCAAAGACGAUAUCUCCACAAACAAUCUCAAGUAUCUUCUCGUGCCAUUUUAUCUUGCUGAGCUGACUGAAAGAAUAACGCAGGAUGAUAGGUUACAGGUUAUAAAGGCUUCACAGGCAAAGCUUAAGGAAUUCAUUUCCUUUUGUGAGGCAAUGGAGCUGGUUCCAAAAGAGGAGCUAGAAUUUUAUUCGCAAGGGGUGCCAAAAUCUGUUGCUGAUCAGAGGGCCAGGAAGAUUGCUAGAUUUAAGCGCCAGAGAGCUGCAGAGUCAAAGUUGCUGGAAAUAAAAGAGCGAAAAGAACGGCGGGGGCGUUCUACUAGAGCAGCUGCACUUUCGACCCCUGUUGAGGCAGGAGAGGAAGAAGUAUUGGAUGAUGAUGGGGAAGAAGAAAGGGAGGCUUGGAAUACUACCAUAUCAUUGGCGAUUUGCAAGGCAAUGGAUCUGCUGGAAAUGUUGAAGAAAGAGGAAGAUAUGCUGGUUGCUGUAAAGGAUAAACAAUCCAAGGAUGGAGAUACGGAGUUCUCUAGGGAAGCUCUCGAUGAACGUGCCAAGAAAGCAGAAGCUUGGCAUCGGGAUGCUGCAGUUCGUGUACAGUACACUAAACCGGCACAGCCAAUCACAUGUGCCACUUUUGCUCAGGAUGUUCUGGAAGGAAGAGCUAAGGCUUCACAGGCACAUGAACACAAACAUCAACCGCUAAUAUUUGGACCAGCCAGUCUUUUGAACGGAAGCGUAACAACCGAGAGGGAAAGAAUGGCUGCUCAGGUCUUCCAACCUAGUCAUAGGAUGCCAACCAUGAGCAUUGAGGAAGCAGGUCUUAAGGAAAUGGAAAUAAUGAAUAAAUGGCAAGAGCGAAAUGCCAGACUCAUGGAAGAAGCCAACUCAUCUUGGUACAAAGAUAACAGGCCAACAAGGCCAGGAGAAGACGAAGAUGAAGAUGACGAUGCUGCCCAGGAGAAAGCGCGGGCAUGGGAUGAUUGGAAGGAUGAUAAUCCCAGGGGUGCCGGAAACAAGAAACUCACUCCAUGCGGCUAAAUGAGGAAUUGUAGGACAAUCACAAUCUUUUAUUGUAAUGAAAAUAUGAAAUCCCAUAAAUUUUAUUCUCUGUUCCCUUAAUACCCCCUCACCCCUCUCUUUUUUUGGUGUCGGAAUGGAUGUGAGUAGUAGAUUUAUUCGUACCCUGUAUUAUGUAUUAAGAUUCUAUGUAUACCAGGUUCUCUGGACAUAUAUUUUGUGUAGUUUUCACUGUUCAGAUUCAAUAGACGACGACAUAGUGAAUGUUAUGUGAUUAUUUUUGGAUA